GAAUUCCCGCCAGGAAGACCGGUAGAUAAUCGAUAGGUAUAUAUAUGCCUUUUAUAUAUAUGCAUUUUACGGUAAGAACGCAACCUCCUCUUGGCAGGUUCGGAAGUUUGCAUUAGGGGGUGUUUCCACUGGGGUUAAGUCACCGAUUAAGAUACUCCUAAAUCGCACUGAUCCAUCGCUAACCCAUGAUGUGUUUAAUAUAGGUCUGCAUGGUCUGGAUGAAGGAACGGAAUAUAUACAACAAAUUUCGCAGGGCAUCGAUGGAGCCUGAAGCAAGCCCUAAGUAGAAUCAGUCGUGAUGUGUAGUUAUUACCCAAGUAGGUAAUGGUCGACACCGAUGACAUUUCAGCGCAAACGGGCACUGCGGUGUCCGCCAGUUAGGGUUUGUGUAUCAGACUAUACGUACUACUACAAUAAACGUCUCAAAGUCAAAGAAAGGAAAUCGCCAGAGUAUCGGGUGGCCUUGGAUUCCUUCGGAUGGCAGUUUUUCAAGGCGAUGCAUCUAAAGUGGCCCGAAAAGGACACAAGUUCCUAAGAGUACAGCAAAUGUAAGAAAUAUAACAAAGUAUCAGCAGUUCAUGCCUUGAAAGUGCACAUGUUGUUGCCAGGGACCUGCACCACAGUCAACUACGCCCCUUCUGCAUUACGGCGCUCCGUACGGUGGCCCAACGACCGAAAAGGCCACAGGAGGCACCCCAUCGUAGAGACACACGCGUUGGUAGGUUUCAUCGCACGGUCCUAUUAUGUAUUUAGCGUGCAGGUAACUUCUGUGCAGUUCAUAAGGAUCACUGGCUCCCGCUGCUGGCGCAAUUACUAUUCAGCACAGAUAAUCAGAGUCUAUUUCAGUGUUUACCAACAUAUACUUUAUAUUUGAUUACAAUAUAAUCGUUUCAAUCUUUACUUCAUUGGUUGCUUACUCGCAAGUGCAGUAGUACGCGACCAGUAACUUUUGACAGCUCGGACACACCCAAGCUUUUUGCAUCUGAAACAUUUUCGUGAUGACUAUCCCAGAGCUACCUCUCGGCGGCAUCGUUUCCCAGGCUGUGGAACUUGGCGCUCCCUACGAGCCGCCUCUAACGCCCGACCACCCGGAAUGGAAAGUGCACGUUCCCGCGGCCGCGGUGGACAAGAAGGAUCAAGAUACGCCUGAUAACUGGGUUCGACGUGACCCGCGAAUUCUGCGCCUCACCGGUCGGCACCCGCUUAACUGCGAGCCACCGAUGGACGUGCUCAUGGAGUACGGAUUCAUAACUCCGCCUGCCGUGCAUUUCGUUCGCAACCAUGGUGCGGCCCCACGCAUUCCCUGGGCCGAGCAUCGUAUCGAAAUCAACGGCCUCGUGGACAAACCGCUGUUUUUGACGAUGGACGAGCUAGUGGCGUUGCCAUCCAUCACUUUUCCCUGCACUCUCGUAUGCGCCGGGAACCGUCGCAAGGAGGAGAAUAUGUUAAAAAAGUCUAUUGGCUUUAACUGGGGCCCUUGCGCCACGAGCACUACCUACUGGACUGGAGUGAGGCUCCGAGACCUGCUGCUGCUGGCGGGAAUUAAGUCUCCAGAGCAGGGAGCCAACUUCGUGUGCUUCCGGGGCCCUAAGGGCGAACUGCCUCGUGGUUCGGACGGGUCGUACGGCACGUCCCUGACGUACGCCAAAGCCAUGGAUCCAUCCUCUGACGUCAUUAUUGCGUACAAGCAGAACCACAGGUGGCUGACUCCUGACCAUGGCUUCCCGGUGCGUAUGAUUAUUCCGGGCUUCAUUGGCGGGCGCAUGGUGAAGUGGCUGUCCGAGAUUACGGUCACCGAGGUUGAGUCCCAGAACUUUUACCACUUCAUGGACAACCGCGUGCUGCCCUCGCACGUCGAUGAAGCGCUCGCCAAGGAGGAAGGUUGGUGGUACAAGCCGGAGUUCAUUAUCAACGACUUGAACAUAAACUCGGCAGUGGCGCGGCCGUGGCAUGACGAAGUUGUCCGACUGGACGCGAACAAGCCGUACACCAUGCGCGGAUACGCGUACGCUGGCGGCGGCCGGAAAAUCAUUCGGUGCGAGGUGUCGCUAGACGAUGGCAAGACGUGGCGGCUGGGCGACAUCCAGCGCUUCGAGAAACCGAAUGAAUACGGCAAGUACUGGUGCUGGGUGCAUUGGAGCCUGGACGUUAUGACAUUUGACUUUUUGAAUGCCAAGGAGGUCCUGCUCCGCGCCUGGGAUGAGACCAUGAACACGCAGCCCGCGAUCAUCACGUGGAACGUCAUGGGCAUGAUGAACAACUGCUACUACAGGAUUAAGAUCCAUCCUCAGGUGGAUUCUGAUGGUGUCAUGGGGCUCCGUUUCCAGCACCCCGCGCCAGUGGAGCUAGGAGAGCGCGGUAACAUGGGUUGGCGUGAGGAGGACAACCUCGUGGCGCAGGCGCUGGCGGCGGUGAAGGAGGGGGCCACCGCUGCUGCUGCGCCAGCGGCGCCGCCGCCGGUGGUGGCAGCUGCUGCGAACGGCGGUCCCCGUCAAUACACGAUGGAAGAGGUGGCGGCGCAUAACACAGAGGAGAGCUGCUGGUUCGUGCACGGAGGAAAGGUGUACGACGCCACGCCGUACUUGGACGAGCACCCCGGCGGCGCCGAGUCCAUCCUGAUUGUCGCCGGCGCCGACGCCACCGACGAGUUCAACUCUAUUCACUCUUCCAAGGCCAAGGCCAUGUUGGCACAGUACUACAUUGGCGACUUGGUGGCGUCGAAACCAGCCGCUGCAGGCGCCACAGUCCCGGAGCCCCAGCCCGUUGCAAGCACCUCGAGCCCCGCAGUCGACCCGCUGGUGGUCCUCAACCCUCGCCAGAAGGUCAAGCUGCCGCUGAUUGAGCGCAUCGAGUUGAACCGCAAUACCCGCAUCUUCCGCUUCGGACUGCCGAGUCCGCAGCACAGGAUAGGGCUGCCCGUGGGCAAGCACGUCUUCACGUACGCCACCAUCAAUGGGGAGAACGUAAUGCGCGCCUACACGCCCAUCAGCGGCGAUGAGGAGCUGGGUCGGUUGGACAUGCUCAUCAAGGUCUACUUUGCCAACGAGCAUCCAGCCUUCCCUGACGGCGGCAAGAUGUCGCAACACUUCGAGUCCUUGCGCAUCGGCGACACGGUGGAGUUCAAGGGUCCUCUGGGCCAUUUUGUGUACGAUGGUCGCGGGUCGUACACGCUGAACGGCAAGCUGCACAAGCACGCGACCCACAUGUCAUUUGUCGCUGGCGGUACGGGCAUCACGCCCUGCUACGCGGUUAUCAAGGCUGCGCUCCGAGACCCGGAGGAUAAGACGCAGAUUAGCCUGGUGUUUGCAAACAACACAGAAGAAGAUAUUUUGCUGCGAGAGGAGCUUGAUGAGCUCGCAAACAACCACCCGGACCGGUUCCACCUAUGGCACACGGUGUCUCAGACCAACAGCUCGGACUGGAAGUUCUCGACAGGGCGCGUGACGUUGGAGAUGUUUAAGCAGCACCUCUUUGCGUGUUCCGGACCGGAAUGCCUGGCGCUCAUGUGCGGACCGCCCGCCAUGUUGGAGCACUGCUGCGUGCCCUUCCUGGAGUCAAUGGGAUACAGCAAGGAGCAGAUGAUCCAUUUUUAGCGAUCCGACUCUCGGAGGUUAACGCCUCGGUCGUAAACCUUCUGUAUUUGUUAUAAAGCAAGGUGUUACAGAGCUCCCCGCGUUUAUAUAGAGGGCGUUGGAGUGAUGUGCCUGCGAUGCAAAGCGUGCCAAGCAUAUGCUCAUCUGCAAAACGUGAUUUUUCUUUGCACCAGAGUCUUGCAUUUGGGUCAGGAAGUUGUUUUGAGUAUGGGUUGGGAUGGAUUAGGUAGGAUGAGUGUUAGGGGAAUCCUGGUUACCUUUAGCUAGGCAGCAGGAGCGGACGCAUGGGGACAGGGACGGAAGCGAUUCUGCUUACGUGGUUGGGAGCAGCACGCCUAUUUCGUGAGUCGCGGCUGUAAUACCCCCCUGCCGAGUUUCGGCUGUAAAAACAAAGAGUGUCGGCCUUUAUUGAGUGUGGCUGUAUUUGAGUUCCGUGAUAUGUCGACAGACGAGCGUCGCCGGAUGAGCAACGAAAAAAGACUACCGUCGAAAGAUUCAUGCUUUUGUUUCCCUUCCUCUUGUUUUCGAGGUCGGCUGUAUCCGGGAUUUUGAUUAGGAGUAUGGUUAGCCGUACUGGGUAUGCCGAUGUCAAGGAAUGAUAGCAUCAAACAAAUUACCUGACAGGCAUCUCUUUAAAUGUGACAAACAUACUGUGAAAGUUAUUGAGGGUAUUAUUUUCCGAAUUUUGUCGAAUGACUGUCCGGGGUAAGUUGGUUCGGAUGAUGGGAUCCAGGUAGGCAGGUCAUGUCCGUUAGCAUUCAUAGCUCUUUGACUAGAGACCGCGCGAACGCGAUAGCGCUGGCCACGAGAAUGUACCACACUUGGUACCAUCCGGCAAGAUAGAAGAAUACUGUUACAUCGCCCUCAAAUUGCGCGGGGUUUCAGUUCUUGUAACGAUUAUGCUGUC